AACAGUACUCGAUAUGACAAAUACUGUGUCGUAAAUCACACAAAUAUUACAAAAUGGAAACUCUACCAGAAAAAGCAACCGACAUUGUGAACAACAUUAUAGCACAAUCCAAUGAACAUACUUCGAGAACUAUAUUUGCAGUUGGUAGUAAAUCAGCGGGUAAAACAACUCUUAUUUCUAACUUUCUCGAAAAAAAUGAAGCACCUCGAGAGACACUUGUGCUAGAAUACUCAUUCGGCAGAAAAUCUGGUCAAAAACAAGGAUUGGAGAAGAUAAUAUGUCAUGUUUGGGAGUAUGGCGGUAAACUGGAACUAUUGAAGAACGUUUUAACCUCUGUCCCUUUGCAAAAUAAAAGCUACUAUAUAGUAAUGUUAGAUUUAAGCAAAAUCAAGACUAUUUGGAAUACAACAGAAGCUUGUGUCAAUUGUUUAAAACAGUAUGUGGAGAAAAGUAGUUCGCAGGAUUUAAUAUUGAUAGGCGGAAAAUAUGACUUAUUCAACAAUUAUGAUAGUGAGAUAAAAAAAAAUAUUUGUACAACUUUAAGAUGCGUGGCGCUAAUUAACAAUGCUCAUUUAAUAUUCUAUUCAUCAAAAGAGCCACAACUAAUGCGAAGAGUGAAGGAAAUGUUACACAAUGCUGCAUUCGGGAAUGGCGUUGUAAUCAAAGAAAAAAAUGUAAACUUCAUCAAACCAUUGGCAAUACCAAAGGGGUUAGAUUCGUGGGAAAGUAUCGGAAUCCCCAAAUCUACGAUGGACCAGGCAAGAUUGCUCCAAGUUAGUCGGGUAUUGUCUUAA